AUGACAGUCUCGGAUGACAUCCCGACGAUUCCUUCUCUCGACAGUCUGACAUCUCUACCCUUGCGUCAGCCGCCCGAAUCUCCGUUUCGUCAACCAUUCACCAGCGCGCCCCUCCGGGCAUCCUCUAGCUUCCUAUCUGCAUAUAUUCUGCAGGAAAAGCCAGGUCCCCAUGCAACAGGAAUUUCAAUUCUUGCUCGGCAUAAGGGCGACAAUUUCCGUCUCUCUGUGAUCAAGAUUUGGUCGAAAGUGAUCCUCUCUGAUACCCGCGCACUACCGUCUCAUGAACUUGCUAUCUUGGAUCUUCUGAUGUCCACGGAGGCUCUCGUGGACAAAUCCGCAGAAUUCAUCCAUAAAACGAAGGAAACCUCUGCUGACGGCAGCUUCUUGUAUCUUGUUUUCGACCACCACACAAUGAGCUUGGCACAUCCAGAGAUAGCCGCCCACUUCCGUCCUCGCCCUGCGCCCCGUAAUGGCCGAGACGACGCGCAUACACCCAUCUCACAUUCUUUCCUUCUUCUCGCAGCCGAGCUGUCCCUCGCCCUGCUCUUCAUCCAUCGACUCGGGAUCGUGCAUCAGGACGUCAAACCCGCGAACGUCUUGAUCUCGGAGGCUGGGCAUGUGGUCCUCAGUGAUUUCGGUGCCGCGAGGAUGCUGCCUGUUUCUGGUCACCCUCGAUCCGAUUUUGGUGUGCGUUUCAGCCCCAUCGUCCUUCAGCCAGAUGACGUUGUUACGUUUACGCCUCUGUAUGCUGCGCCGGAACUUGUUGAACGGAAUCCUUGUGGUUUGCUGGAGUAUGAUGAACUUGUCGACUGGUGGAGCUUCGGCGUCUCUCUUUACGAGGUCCUUACUGGCAGCACUCCUUUUCUAGCUUGCACUCGCUUGCUAUCUUUUCAUCUUUUGGACGGCUUGAAUCUGGGGAAGGACCUUGCCGAUUUUCUGACUUUACUUCUCGCGACGCAGCCCAAGAGGCGACUAGGGGAUGAUUGUGUGCUGUCACAUUCUUAUUUCGACCCGCUCGAGAACACUUGGGAUGAGGUCGAGGAGCUGCAGCAUCCGCCUUUCUCUAGUAGGGUCACAAUCUCUGACGAACCGCAAACGCCGUGCGCAGCGGACAGCAUUCUCAAUUUAUAUCUGGACGGUGGCCCCUUGUCUCGCCCCUCUCGCAAUUUUCGGCAUAACCCUUGUACAGAUUCUCUGACCCCGCCGUCGACAAUGAUCCUCCAAGAUGCUUUCAUCUCUCCGCCUUUCAGUUUCAGUUCGCGCUUCGAGAGCACCAGCACUACCCAACCAUUUCCUUCCACUGCCUCUAUUGUGCAUUUCUUCUCGAGCGACGACAUUGCGCUCACCUCUUGCAUAUCGGCCAUUCUGGAUGACAAGCUGCCUAAAAGCUUCGACGACUCUGGUCUUGAUUUCCCCCUUGGCGCGUCUCCGGAAUCCUGGGGCCCUCGCAAGUUGGACCCGAUAAGAAAAAUACCCAGGUUACACGCUCUAUCCCUGAUUGGCCGGAAUUCCUCACUUCAAACGUCCGAUCGACUCGAAUUCAAGAUGGAACACUUCAGGGAGCGUACCCUGUUCCAUGAAAAUAUUACGGGAUCAACCACAUCGUUCGAUUUUAUAGAUGACGAGUGGUCUUUCGACGAGAAAGUCGUCAUAUCCUUGCUUCGUGCGACUGAGACGAAAGACCGCCUGAACCCGGGGCUGGCGACGAAGUUACACCCGCAGAGUAAACGGCGCGGGGUUGCGAACAUAGCGGGAAAGAUUUUGCAUACGGCCAGAAGAGGACUUUUGGGAACCCUGAUGCUGUGUCGACGGUGA